AUGGCGGCUGCUCGCAGCAUCCCGAUUGCGAGGACUAUGUCUAGCCCCGCAGAUCCAGGCGCGCCUUCACUUAUCACCACGAUUCCACCAGAGCUCCGAAAUAACAUCUACGACUUGCUCUUCAAAUACAACUCCCAUGUACUCCUCCACGAUGUGAAGGAAUACCGUGCACGUAUCGUCUAUCUCGCUACGGAAGUCUAUACAGAUGAUGAGGAUGACGAGUUUCAACAAAAGGUUGAACUACGCAAGGAGCUGGAGGAGACCGGCGUGGAGCACCUCGCUGAAGACGAGGAUUUCCACCAUGAUCUCAAUAUCUCGCUACUUCUAUCUUGCCGACUAAUAUACCAUGAAGCAACGAGCAUACUUUAUGGCUCUAACACCUUCCUCUUUUCGAGGGUUCUCAACCAAGAAGACUCGCAUUGGUACGACCAGUUUAUGUAUGCUCCGAAGUGGUUGUCGAAUAUCGGUUCCCAAAUCCGUCUACUAAGGAGGGUUUCCAUCGACUUCGACGCGGUAUGCCCUGUUAUUUGCGCACAUAGCGAUGCACACCGGAAUAUCAACUGGCUGCCUUUGCUUAGGAUCAUCUGGGCCAAUCUGGACGCAGAAUGGAAAAUCAGUUUUGCUCAUACUGGACGGCUCGUAGAUAACGAACAUUCAGUUGUAUAUGACGAGCAUGAGAGGACGCCUACCUUCGUCUUGAACAACAUCUUGGAUGCUUUGGGUAGAAGAGAUGUGCUCAACAUCAAACGGUAUGCUAAAUUCGAGCGACUCAUGCCGGUGGUCGUUAUUCGAAAUCGUUCUGGUUCUGUUGAUGGUUAUGCUAGCCAUCCGUCGACAGGCCAACCGGCGGACCUCGACACUAGUUAUCGGUUUGCGAACUAUGACUGCGUUUUUCCUGAUAACCAAAUGUUCCUUUUCUUCCAUGCAGAUGACGGUGGCCACAUCGUCCGAGCAAGACUUGAAGAGAAACAUCUGUUACAAUUACCAGAUGACGUCCUUCGUUCCAUCUACCGGUACACUUGUUUUUCAAAAACCGGCGUGACCUUUGAUCUCACGUCGCAUGUCGCACGCGGUCUUGAGAUGGCCCUUCUUGGGGUGAGCCGACGCCAUCGUUACGAGGCAGAGUACGAUACAAGCUGGAGCAAUCCAUGGAUGAACAAUAAGUUCACAGUCAGUAUGACCACUGAGACUGCCAAAACCGAUUUUGGUGAGUUCGUUUUGUUACACGAGUGGUUGAAAAUCGAAAAUUUCAAACGCAUGGUAUUCGCGAGGCGCCCAAACCCGGAUCAUUUGCCUCGCAUCGUGUUAGAAUUCAACCUUGACACUCGAAAGACGUUUCUCGAUAUUCGCAUCAACAUCAAGAGUCUGCUGCAUCCCAUUCAUGAGCUCGACAAUCGAUCUACCAUACUCAUCUCGCUCAAACAUGUCAUCGACAAUGCCACGCACCGACAAGAUACCCGCAUCACUUUAGGCAAGCUUCGACGAGACAUUUUCAUUCUUCUCUCCGAGAUGAUCGCGUUUGGAUGGACUCUCGACGAUUCUCUUCCAGAACUCUGGUUCAAUGGAGAGGGAACCCUGCUUUGUGCCAACUGCCCUGCCACUGUUACCACGCCAGCAAGUAACCUGAAGUAUCACCACGCUGGUCUUGACACAACAAACAUCAUCAGUCGAGGAUACCGGGAAAUCGAAAAUAUAACUGCGGAAUUUCCCGAGGUGAGAAACAUGCGAGCUAGUAAUGGGAACGCUAUGACAGGCACUUUUCCUGCAUGUUCUGUAAUGGGUACAUGGAUAGCUUUACGCGACGUUGGCUGGGAGGACUGGUGGUACCAAAAACGUAUCUGUGAGUGA